CCCGGGGAAAAGGACAUCAUCGUAAACCAACCGGAAACAAUCUUGCACAACGACCCAACACCAAUCACUACUACAACCCUUGUCCUUUUGCAUGCGAGCUAUCCCAUACCAGCUCAACUGGAUGCCAUAGCAAGAAACUCUGCGCUUUUGGAGGAGGCUGUUUCUGAAGAACGGGCGGGUCAGAGAUCGUUUUCACACCAUGACGUUGCCACCAGCGGAAGUCAGCAAUAUCAAGGCCACUAUGGCACUGGACCUCGGCAUAAAGGCGCAAAAGAGGGCACGAGAUGCAGCGGACAUAAACGCUCAGAACGGCGCUCCAACGGACGAAGAAACCAGUCUGCGGCGACCGGCGUCGAAGAAGGCGCGGUUAGAGGAGAACGGGCCUGUAGGGACAGCGACGGCUGUGGCGUCCGGGGGUAUCAACGGCGAAUCUCAAGGAUCUCAAGACCGAUCCGAAUGGGAGGCGACUCAAGAUUCCGAAGCCUCGGACUUUCAUAGUACACAAACCAGUGAAGAGACACUUGGUAGUCAGAAAUCUAAAGGGAAACAGACGAACGGCGGCGAACUCGUUCCCUCAAAUGAUAUCACGCCGAUAAAAGUCAACCCAAUAACUACUACAGCAAAACCGCAUGCAACCCUGAAACCCAUACCAACGAGACAGCUGCGUGCUCGGCACCCCAAACCAGUGAAAAGACUAAAGAGCCGUGUAGUGGAACCCAUCGAAAUCGUUCGUCUCAGUGAGCCAAACUUGGAAAUCCAAGCCAGCGGUUGUCUGACCGCGCGUUGGAAGCCCGUGUCGCCGUGCGCGCCGUGUAUUUGUAAGAAUCGACCGACAUGCAGAUUCAAGGGUGUGAGAGCAUUCAAAAAGGAUCCAGACACCGGUUCUGAGAAGGUCGUGUUUCUAUCGGACGUUCCGUCUGACGAGAUACCCCUCUUGAAGCAGUCGGACUCUACCCGAUCGGAAGCGUGGGAGAGUCUGUCCGAUACAAUGCGGUAUAAUCUCAGACUGAUGCGCACCCCGUUCUUGGAAAGCGUCGAUAGGGACUUGAAGCACCUGAGGAAAAGAGAGGUUGACGCUCAGGAAAGGGGAUCACUUGCGUACUGCAUCAAGCAAGCAGAGCCUUUCACCCGGCAAGUGUGCGAUGUCUGUGAAACAGGGAUAUACAACGUUUACUACUUAUGCACGGAGUGUGGAAGGGAUAUUUGCGUACAAUGUGUCGAAGAAGGCUGGGGCCAAGGCACGGAUAUGGAAGCGGUCGAGACAGAGGCAGCGACGCAGCUGGCAGGGAUUUCAUCACAUGAUCCCCUGCAUCGCUGUGCGCGCCAAUAUUUGCAUACACCUGGGUCUUUUGUGACAGUCAGUAGAUUGACGAGGGAGCAGAUAGGGCAUGCUAAGAGUUGGGUGAGUAUGAUAGAUACUGGGCUUGAGGAUGCGGACCGUGAGAAGUUAGAAGAUGGGUUUGGCAGCGUCGCCGACAGCAGUGCUCCAGAGUCUGGACCAGCGCAAGCGCCGAUCGACCAUGCCCUAGACACUUCAGCACCAACCCAAUCUGACGCCACCUCAACUCCCUCAACCGACGCCUCCACAUUCGCAACAACCCUCAUCGACACCCCCCACCCCGACGUCGUCAUCAUCCCCUUUUCCCAGCUCACCCGCGACCUCUUCCAAAAGCACUGGCGACGCCGGAAAGCGAUCAUCGUUCGCGGCGUGGGUGAACCGCUCGGAGGAGAAGAGUCUGUCUGGUCUCCAAAGGCGUUUGCGAGGGCGGCUGGGGAGGAUACGGCGUCGAUUGUGGAUUGUGUGACGGGUGAGGUUGCGAGAGAGCAGGAGUUGGGGAGGUUUUUUGAGGGGUUUGGAGGGAGAGCGGAAGGGGAAAAAGAGAGGCCGAUUUCUAAACUCAAGGAUUGGCCAACCGACACCCAUUUCCGCACCAAACUUCCCGAGCUCUACACCAAAUUCCUGAAUCUCAUUCCCAUGCCCGAAUAUACCCACCCCACCGGCGCAUACAAUCUCGCAGGUCUUAUCCCUGCCCAAGACGUGCCACCAGAUCUUGGCCCCAAGAUGUACGCCGCCUACGGAUACCUACCCAACCAACUCGGCCCAACCACCCGCCUCCAUCUCGACGUCGCCGAUGCCGCAAACGUCAUGGUCUGGUCUCAACGCCACGCCACCAAACCCGAUAACUCCGAAAACAACACCACCCCAGACCCACAAUACGACGGCGCCAUCUGGGACCUCUUCCCGCCCACCUCCCUCCCCACCCUCCGCCACUACCUCCGCUCCUCCUACCACCUCGAACCCCUCCCCCCCACCACCCCCGCCCAUUUCCACACCGACCUCCUCACGCCGCACAAAAUCGACGACCCCAUCCACGACCAAACCUUCUUCCUCCACCCCCACCACCUGCACGCCCUCUCCACCCGCCACGGCAUCACGCCCAUCCGGAUCCACCAGCUCCCGGGGGACACGGUGUUCAUCCCCGCCGGGUUUGCGCACCAGGUGGCGAACGCGGCGGAUUGUGUCAAGAUUGCGCUGGAUUUUGUGAGUGGGGAGAGUCUGGGGGUGUGUGAGGAGUUGGGAGGCGAGUUUCGGCGGUUGAGGAGGGGGCAUGGACGUAGGGGGGAUACGCUUUGUGUGGGGAAGGUUGCUUGGGCGGUUGUGAGAGAGGGGAUGAGGGGGUUCGAAGGGGGUGUGAAGGGGAGUGAGGAGGGAAUGGUGAAGGAUGCGGAAUGAGGGAUGGGAGCGAUCGCAGGGGAAAGAGGAUAUUUUUAAGGAAAGGCGGUUUGCGUAAAGGCUUCUCCACCGUGCCUCCUCCUCUGGUCCUACGCACUUUAAAUAUUAGGUCAGCUGAAUAAGCCCCGUAGUGUUAGUGCACGGGCUGAUUCGGUGGACACCGUUACAAUCCAGGUGGAAGCUUCUCUUGAAUACAGCAUGAGAAUGUUUCGCCCGUUGGGGAUCGCCCAAUGAAAUGAACAUCGCCCAUUUGUGUUCCAGGGACCAAGUCCGACAUGCGCGCAUGAUUACGACAGCGCGGAAGAUCAGUCCCACAAUGUCCCCCUUCUGACGG